ACGAGAGCAAGCACCCGGCUUAUUAAAAAAAAAAAAACCAAAAGAAACUGAAAAACACAAUAUUUACUGAAUCCAGAUCAGGAUCAAUGAGAGGAAUCGGAGGGCCACUCCUAUGCAUCGGAGAUCUCCUCGGCGACGUCGGAGAAGAGGAAGAACAACAACAACCACCAGAAGGAGGCUCCCUCCGCCGCGAAACCUCUCCUCCUCCUCCUCCUGCUUCAGAUCUCAGCAACGCCCCUCCCCUUCCACUUCCUGACCUCACCAAACUCUUCCAGGAAAACUAUGAGCACUUGAAUUCCGCACUCGCUGGCACCGACCACACUUGGCCUUCGCUCACCUUGAAGUUAUGCACUGCUCUAGAAACUGCAAACCAGCUGGUUCAGUGUACCAACUCAAAUGUUGCAUCCUUGUUGGAAAAGGUUGAGGAGCUUCAGAAAAUUGUCAAGAGAGGGGAUUCUGCCAUAGUUGCAGCAAAGGCGGUUUAUGUUACCCAAGACAACCAGAGUGGUUCCUUGAAGUGAAACUAGGAAAAUAAAAGAAUGACUCAGCAAACUGCCAAGAGGAGUGAUAGGAGUUUUCAGGUGGGAAAUUGUACAUUGAAGGUGUACCAUGUAAUAGUUCAGUAUUUCCUGGAUUCAAUACCAACAAGCUUGCUUCUAAAUACUAUAGUCUUUAUCACGUUACGGGCACAGUUGGUCCGGUUGCAUACAAUUUGGAAGUUUGGAACUGUGACCAACCUCUGUAAUUCAUGACUGUUUUCUGUGUAAAGAAGCACCUCAUGAUCCUUCUCUUACUAUGCAUUGACUGGAACCUGAGCUUAUACUUCACUGUAAAAUUGUUAAAUGUGGCAUAUAUGAUAUACUAAGGUGUUACCGAAAUGGAAAAAUACAGCUCUUGAGCAAGCUACUUGGGAUUUUCAUUAUGAUCUCCUUAAGAAAUAUCCCCAUUUCUACCCUUGAGGACAAGGGCACUCAUCAGAGGGGCGUACCAUUACAGGAAUAGCUAUGUCAUUCCUUAUGCUAUGGAGUUUAUUUUUUUUUAUUUUUCUUUUGCAUUUUCUGUUAUUUGGAUUCUAGCCAUGUGUCUGAGUUAAUCGCAUUUUCAUUUUGAUUCUGUUAGCUACAUAUUGGGAAAACUUGUCCCCAUUAUUUGUUUAUGAAAGCAGAUAUCACAUUUUGUGUAA